CCAGACUCUAAACUGGGCCUGGUAAGGCGUGCUGGCUGUGGAGACCGCAGGGUCCGCAACACACCGGAGUUGUCCCUGGCAACAAGAUGGACAGCGAGGGCAGGAGAGUGGUGGUCUGCGACAACGGGACGGGGUUCGUCAAGUGCGGCUUUGCGGGUUCCAACUUCCCGGACCACAUCUUCCCCGCCUUGGUGGGUCGCCCGGUCAUUCGCUCCACCGCCAAAAUAGGCAACAUCGAGAUCAAGGAUCUGAUGGUGGGCGACGAAGCCAGCGAGUGCCGUUCGUUGCUUGAGGUGGCGUACCCCAUGGAGAACGGGAUGGUACGGUCCUGGGACGACAUGCUCCACCUGUGGGACCACACCUUCGGACCCGAGAGGCUGGACAUUGAGCCGUCCGAGUGCAAGAUCCUGCUGACCGAGCCUCCCAUGAACCCGACGAAGAACCGCGAGAAGAUCGCCGAGGUCAUGUUCGAGAAGUACCAGUUCCACGCCAUCUACGUGGCCAUCCAGGCCGUCCUCACGCUCUAUGCUCAGGGUCUGUUGACGGGGGUGGUUGUGGAUUCCGGGGACGGCGUGACCCACAUCUGCCCGGUUUACGAAGGCUUCUCCUUGCCGCAUCUGACGCGCAGGCUGGACAUCGCCGGCCGUGACAUCACCCGAUACCUCAUCAAGCUGCUGCUGCUGCGCGGCUACGCCUUCAACCACUCGGCUGACUUUGAAACGGUGCGCGUGCUGAAGGAGAAGCUGUGCUACGUGGGGUACAACAUAGAACAAGAGCAGCGUCUCGCCGCGGAAACCACUUACCUGGUGGAGUCCUUCACGCUCCCGGACGGCCGACAGGUGAGGGUCGGAGGUGAAAGGUUUGGCGCCCCUGAAGCGCUCUUCCAGCCUCACCUGAUCAACGUGGAGGGGGCGGGCGUGGCCGAACUCCUCUUCAACACCAUCCAGGCGGCCGACAUCGACCUCAGGGCCGACUUCUAUAAACACAUUGUCCUGUCUGGGGGAAGCACCAUGUACCCUGGCCUCCCGUCCAGAUUGGAGCGAGAGAUCAAGCAGCUCUACUUGGAGAGGGUCCUGGAUGGAGACACACGCAAGUUGGCUAAGUUCAAGAUCCGCAUCGAGGACCCCCCGCGCCGCAAGCACAUGGUGUUCCUGGGCGGCGCCGUGCUCGCCAACAUCAUGAAGGACAAGGACACCUUCUGGCUGAGCCGGUCCGAAUACCAGGAGCGCGGCCUCACCGUGCUGCAGAAACUGGGAGGUGGCGUCAGAUAAAAAAA